UCAAUGCGGAAGAAUAUAUAAAAUACUUCCGGAGGUCAAACGGGUGAGAGUGGUUAUGAUUUUUGUGUGACAUUUCUUAUUUUCCUUAUUACAAGUUGUUAUAUACUUUGAAAACACACGUGGGUGGUUUAUCCUUGGACAGGAACUGAAAAGCAGCAGUGAUGGCUUUAUUGGGGAGUCUGAGACCAGCGUUGACAUCAUUUCUGCAAGUGUCUCAGUCUGUCUCCCAAUGGUCUGGACCUGUCCUCUCCAGAACUAUGGCUACGCUGAAUCAGAUGCAUCGCCGUGGAAAGCCAUCACCCCCUCCCCCGAGCGUCAGUGCCAUGUUCGGCCGCCCCCAGCUAAAGGCAGUAAUCCUGAAGACAAUGAUCCGGAAACCCAAGAAGCCAAACUCGGCCAACCGUAAAUGUGCCAGAGUCCGCCUCAGUAACGGCAAGGAGGCAGUGGUGUUCAUUCCUGGGGAGGGACACAACCUCCAGGAGCACAACGUAGUGCUGGUGCAGGGGGGCAGGACACAGGACCUGCCAGGAGUCAAGCUGACUGUGGUCAGGGGAAAAUAUGACUGUGCCCAUGUUGUGAAGAAGAAAAAUAACUAAUGGGGACAUGGGAGAGGGCGGUGGGGUGUUUUUUUGUUGUUGUGUUUGCAUAAUACAUGCGUAAGUUUAAACAUGAGUUGGAUCCAGUGAUUUCUCUUUACUUGUGAUUUAUCCCAUGUUUCAGUAAUUCCCUUUUUGUUUUGUGGACUUCAGCAACCGGCCCUCUGUUUCAAGAGAUGAGCAGUCAGCUCGAAGAGGAUUUGCCCGAUUCAAAUUAGUUAAGAAAUACGAUUAUAUUUUUUUCAGAUCUUGAUAUUGUUGCAUUUUAUAUUGUUCCAUUAAAAUUUAAUUAAUAUUUGCAA